AACAGAGACGGGCGAGGCAAGUGGUAGAUAUACUGUGCGUGAGGUAAUUUUAACACGUCGUGGUAAUCAGUAUUAAUCAUGCAGUUAAAAGAGGUUGUAAUAGUUAUCGUAAUGCAGUACUAGUCAUACACAGUAUGGUAGAUUUUGGUAUAAAGAGUGCAUUUGAAUUCAAAAACAUCUGUAUUGAAACGAAAGAUGGCGCUAAGAACUCGAACAAGAGAACAAUUUACCGACAACAGGUCGGAAAGAAAGAGAUUUUCUGUCUGGAAGUUUCUUCCAGGUUAAAGGAAAAUACCCGGUACGAAGUGCCUUUACAAUGCCAACGUCGCCGGAGCCGACAGAGGAAGAAUUAGAGAACGAUGAGGAAGCGGAAACAGCCCCAGAAGAGGGUCAGGAUGAGGCUGAGGAUGGUGAAGAUGAUGCAGAAACAGAGCCAGCGGAGGUAGAAGAAGAUGUGGAAGAGGAGCAGGACGAGAAUGAGUUUGUCGGAGAGGAGGCUGAGGCAAAGGCAGAGGCAGAGGUAGAGACAGGAGCUGAAGGGGACAGCCUAGAGCAGGAGCCCGAUGGAGCGGCAGAUGAUGAGGAAGAGGAAGAGGAAGACGUUUGCAAAGAGAAAAAGAAGAAGAAAAAGACUGGUGAGAAGAAGAAAGGAAGAAAGAAGAAGAAGCGUAAGGUUGAAGAAGAAGAGGAAAUAGUUUCAGAGGAAGAAUUUGAACAGAAGCCAAAGAAGCCCAAGAAGCAGAAGAUUCCCUUGGAUCCAGCAGCUAUCAAAAGUUCAGCUGAACUGUGUUCUGAAUUUGGAAUCUCUAAGGUGGACCUGGAGUACACAGAUGCAGACUACCAGAACCUGACCAGCUACAAGUUAUUCAGUCAGAAUAUCCGACCAAUCCUCACACAGAAUCAGAAGCUGUCCUCCUCUAAGAUGACGCAGCUGCUGCAGGCAUACUGGCACGAGUUUAUGACGCAAAAUCCAUACCAGGACAGGUUAGAGAUGGAUAUUGAAUAUGCCAAAACACCCAAGAGUAAGGUUAAGAAGCAUAAAAAGAAGGCUGCUGCUGUUACUGCUGAGCACGAGGAAGAAGCAAAACCAGACGCUGAGCAGGAAGAGAACAGAUUUGCCUGUGAGGUGGUGGCACCUGUGAAAAAGACACGGAAGCCAAAGAAGAGGAAGCGAAAGAAAAAUGGUGUAGCAGAGACGCAUUUAGCUGAAGAGAUGUUAGUUGUAAAAGAUGGAGAAGCCAGCAGAUUGGACGACGAUGCGACGGAGGGCGCCGAGGAGGAGGAGUCGGCCGCGAAGUCGAAGAAGACGAAGAAGAAGGCCGUCGCGCCGCUGAAGAUCAAGCUGGGGAAGGUCGGUCGGAAGAGGAAGCGGGGCGGCAGCUCCGAGGAGGAUCUGGCAGCAGACGCGAAGAGUGACGAGGAGUUUGAGCUCAUGUUGCAGGAGCAUGACGAGUUAACCAAAGAAGCAGCCGCACAGAAACCGAAAAAGAAACGACGAGGGCGAAAGAAGAAGACAAAGAUUACAUCCGGUUACCAAGGCGACCCAGAUGCCGAUGGAUACGAGACAGAGCAUCAGGACUACUGCGAGGUAUGCCAGCAGGGAGGCGAGAUCAUCCUGUGCGACACGUGUCCGCGAGCCUAUCACCUCGUCUGUCUCGAUCCGGAGCUCGAGACCGCGCCCGAGGGCAAGUGGAGCUGCCCGCACUGCGAGGGGGAAGGCAUUCACGAGCAGGAGGAGGACGAGCACAUGGAGUUCUGCCGCGUGUGUAAGGACGGCGGCGAGCUACUCUGCUGCGACUGCUGCCCGUCCGCCUACCAUCCACACUGCCUCAACCCUGCACUGCCGGGCAUCCCCGAUGGAGAGUGGCACUGCCCUAGAUGCUCGUGUGAACCGCUGAAGGGCAAGGUGGCGAAGAUCCUGACAUGGCGCUGGACGAAGCCGCCGGAGAACCUCGACGAGCUCGACCACACGCACCACCUCGACCGCGACGGCACCAAGUCGUCGGCGUCGGACGCCGACCGGCAACCCGAGUCGCAGAAGGCGCAGCGAGAGUUCUCGAUCAAGUGGCUCGGCAUGUCCUACUGGCACUCAUCGUGGAUCAGUGAGCUGCAGCUGGACGUGUUCCACCCGGCGAUGUACCGCAUCUACACGCGCAAGAACGACAUGGACGAGCCGCCGGCGCUCGAGGACGGCAGCAGCUACGGGCAGGACAAGGAGUUCGUGAAGCACCGCGAGGCGCUCGGCAAGGCCGUCUUCGAGAACCUCGAGGAGAAGUACUACCGCUACGGCAUCCGGCCCGAGUGGCUCAACCUGCACCGCAUCAUCAACCACAAGGUGACGCGCUCGGGCGUCACCUACUACCUCGUCAAGUGGAAGGACCUGCCGUACGACCAGGCGACGUGGGAAAGCGAGGACGUCGACAUACACGGCUUCAAGAAGUCGGUCGACCAGUACUGGGAGAUCCGCAACGCCGCCGAGGGCGUGCGCGACCGCGAUGGCGCCCCCGCCGUCGCCGGCAAGAAGUCACGCAAGGGCAAGGGCGUCAAGCGCUCGAAGAAGGAGGACAGCCCGACGCCGAGCGACGAGAGGAAGGCCGAGGAGAAGGUGCCGACAGACCUGAAGAAGAAGCUCGUCGAGCAGCCGGACUACAUCACAGCGACGCGCGGCACGCUGCACCCGUACCAGCUCGAGGGCCUCAACUGGCUGCGCUUCUCCUGGUCGCAGGGCACCGACACGAUCCUCGCCGACGAAAUGGGCCUCGGCAAGACGAUCCAGACGAUCGCCUUCCUCUACUCGCUCUACAAGGAGGGCCACUGCAGCGGGCCGUUCCUCGUCAGCGCGCCGCUCACGACCAUCAUCAACUGGGAGCGCGAGUUUGACUUCUGGGGGCCCGACUUCUACGUGGUGACGUACGUCGGCGACAAGGACUCGCGCGCCGUCAUCCGCGAGCACGAGUUCUCGUUCGAGGACGGCGCGAUCCGCGGCGGCAACAAGGCGUGCAAGAUGAAGAAGGACUACCCGGUGAAGUUCCACGUGCUGCUGACGUCGUACGAGCUGAUCACGAUCGACCAGGCGACGCUCAGCUCUGUCGAGUGGAAGGUGUGCGUUGUCGACGAGGCGCACCGGCUGAAGAACAACCAGUCGAAGUUCUUCCGCAUCCUCAACCUGUACAAGAUCAACUACCGGCUGCUGCUGACCGGCACGCCACUGCAGAACAACCUCGAGGAGCUGUUCCACCUGCUGAACUUCCUCAGCCGCGAGCGCUUCAGCCAGCUGAGCGAGUUCCAGAACGAGUUUGCCGACCUGACGAAGGAGGAGCAGGUGACGAAGCUGCACGAGAUGCUCGGGCCGCACAUGCUGCGCCGGCUCAAGUCCGACGUGCUGCAGGGCAUCCCGGGCAAGAGCGAGUUCAUCGUGCGCGUCGACCUCAGCUCGCUGCAGAAGAAGUUCUACAAGUACAUCCUGACGCGCAACUUUGAGGCGCUGAACUCGCGCAGCGGCGGCACGAACACGUCGCUGCUCAACAUCAUGAUGGACCUGAAGAAGUGCUGCAACCACCCGUACCUGUUCCCGACGGCGGCCAACGAGGCGCUGCACCUGCCGAACGGCGCCUACGAGGGAAACUCGCUCAUCAAGGCAUCCGGCAAGCUGAUGCUGCUCAGCAAGAUGAUGAAGAAGCUGCAGGCCGACGGCCACCGCGUGCUCAUCUUCUCGCAGAUGACGAAGAUGCUCGACAUUCUCGAGGACUACCUCGAGUUCGGGGGCUACCGCUACGAGCGCAUUGACGGAGGCGUCACCGGCUCGCUGCGGCAGGAGUCAAUCGACCGCUUCAACGCGCCCGGCGCGCAGCAGUUCUGCUUCCUGCUGUCGACGCGCGCCGGCGGCCUCGGCAUCAACCUCGCGACCGCCGACACGGUGAUCAUCUACGACUCCGACUGGAACCCGCACAACGACAUCCAGGCGUUCAGCCGCGCGCACCGCAUCGGCCAGUCGAACAAGGUGAUGAUCUACCGCUUCGUGACGCGCAACUCGGUCGAGGAGCGCAUCACGCAGGUCGCCAAGCGCAAGAUGAUGCUGACGCACCUCGUCGUGCGGCCGGGCCUCGGCGGCGGCGCGCGCACAGCCGCGAUGAGCAAGAAGGAGCUCGACGACAUCCUCAAGUUCGGCACGGAGGACCUGUUCAAGGACGACGACGGCAAGGACGACGAGGGCACGAUCACGUACGGCGAAGACAUGAUCAACGAGCUGCUCGACCGCAGCCGCCAGGGCAUCGAGCACAAGGUGCUCAUGGCCAACGAGUACCUCAGCUCGUUCAAGGUCGCCUCGUACGUGCUGCAGCAGGCCGAGGAAGAGGAGGAGGAGGAGGAGGAGGAGCGCGAGGUGCUGAAGCAGGAGGCGGAGCAGGCCGACCCGGCGUACUGGGAGAAGCUGCUGCGGCACCACUACGAGCAGCAGCAGGAGGACAUGGCGCGGCAGCUCGGCAAGGGCAAGCGCGUGCGCAAGCAGGUCAACUACAACGACGCGAUGGGCGGGCAGGACGAGUCGAGCUGGCACGACAACCUCUCAGACUACAACUCGGACUUCUCCGUGCCCGGCGAGGAGGACUUUGAGGACGACGAGUACGACGGCGACAAGACGGAGGCGCGCGCGCGCAAGCGCGGCGACCGCGGUGACCGCGACGCGCGCGACCGCCCGCUGCCGCCGCUGCUCGCACGUGUCGGCGGUCAGAUCGAGGUGCUCGGCUUCAACGCGCGCCAGCGCAAGGCCUUCCUCAACGCGGUGAUGCGCUGGGGCAUGCCGCCGCCCGACGCGUUCAACUCGCAGUGGCUCGUGCGCGACCUGCGCGGCAAGAGCGAGAAGAACUUCCGCGCGUACGUGUCGCUGUUCAUGCGGCACCUGUGCGAGCCGGGCGCCGACAACAGCGACACGUUUGCGGACGGCGUGCCGCGCGAGGCGCUGUCGCGGCAGCACGUGCUCACGCGCAUCGGCGUCAUGUCACUCAUACGCAAGAAGAUCCAGGAGUUUGAGUCGAUCAACGGCCCCUACAGCAUGCCCGAGCUGCUGCUGCAGAAGGAGGAGGCCGAGCGGAAGGAGAAGGAGAUGCUGGCACGGGCGGCCGAGCUGAAGAGAGAGGACGCGAAAGCAGAAAAGAAGGACGACGCGAAGGAAGCUGCGAAAAGCCCGGAAGAGCCCGAGGAGAAGCCUGAAGAGAAGACGAAGGAAGACAAAGAGGACAAGAGCAAGGAUGAGGCAGCCAGCGAGAAGGAGCAGGAGAAGACAGAGCCCGAUGAAAAAGCAGCUGAGCAGAAAGUCGACGAGAAGGAAGAGGAAGCCAAGGUCACAGGAGAGGCACCCCCAGAAGAUCCUGCAUCAAAAGAUUCGGAGGUCGUUGAGAUACAAGAGAAAGCCGAGGAGAAACCAGAGCAGGAAAAAGAGACCAACCAAAAGGAUGAAGAAGAAACACAACCCCCCAGUAAAUCUCCAGUUCACGAAUCUUCAGCUACCGUGGAAGAGUCCUCCAAAGUAGACGAGACAGAAGAAAAUCAGAAGGAGAAGGAGAAGGAGAGCGAAAAUGUCGAAAAGGAGGAAGGCGAAGCCGCACCGAAGGAAACCGAAGAAGAGAAGGCGAUAUCUGAAGAGGAAAAGGUACCAGAAGUCGAAAACGUAAAGAAGGAGACGGACGAGGAGAAGCGAGAGGCCGCCGCCGACGCGGCGGAGCAGCCGAAGCCACCGAAGGAAGGUGACGCGAAACCGGACGUCAAGGAGGAGGAGGAGCCGAAGAAGCCGGCCGAGAAGGAGAGGAAGGACACGCGCAAGUCGGAGGAGAAGCGGCGGCGGCGCGACGAGAAGUGCAAGUUCAUGUUCAACAUCGCCGACGGCGGCUUCACGGAGCUGCACACGCUGUGGCAGAACGAGGAGCGCGCCGCCGUGCCGGGCCGCGAGUACGAGAUCUGGCAUCGCCGGCACGACUACUGGCUGCUCGCCGGCAUCGUCACGUUCGGCUACGGCCGCUGGCAGGACAUCCAGAACGACGCGCGCUACGCGAUCAUCAACGAGCCGUUCAAGAUGGACGUCGGCAAGGGCAACUUCCUCGAGAUCAAGAACAAGUUUCUCGCGCGGCGCUUCAAGCUGCUCGAGCAGGCGCUCGUCAUCGAGGAGCAGCUGCGACGCGCCGCCUACCUCAACCUGACGCAGGACCCGAACCACCCGGCGAUGGCGCUGAACGCGCGCUUCGCCGAGGUCGAGUGCCUCGCCGAGUCGCACCAGCACCUGUCGAAGGAGUCGCUCGCGGGAAACCGGCCGGCGAACGCCGUCCUGCACAAGGUGCUCAACCAGCUCGAGGAGCUGCUCAGCGACAUGAAGUCGGACGUCGCGCGGCUGCCGGCGACGCUCGCGCGCAUGACCCCCGUCGCGCCGCGCCUCCACAUGUCCGAGCGCGCGAUCCUCUCGCGCCUCGCCAACAAGGAGCCGCAGCAGGAGGCGGCGGCGGCGGCGGGCGGGGCUGCUAGCCAGCACGCGCAGCCGCCCGUCGCGCUCGGCCUUGACCUCAGAAAGACCGUCGUGGGAAGCGCGUGGACAUCUUGA